AUGAAGUUCCCGACCCCCAAUGGCGUAGGGUCUGUCAGGGGAAACCAGCUGAGUGCACGGACUUGCUACGCCACGGCAAUCAAAUCAACCUCUUUCAGAAUCCCGGAGGAGACCAUGUCUGUGCAGGGAGUGCCGAACGGCACGGGACCAGUUGACGACCCAAGAGAUGAGUCGCCAACUCCUCAUACACAACCCGCCGAAGAACUGGAGACGAUAACCCUGAACGAAGAACAGCCCGAUCGUCGGGUUAAAAUCGGUACCAGACUAACCCCUGCCCUCCGAGCGCAGUUUAUAGACUUCUUACGGCACCAUUCGGAAGUAUUCGCGUGGUCCUACGAUGACAUGCCCGGCAUAGACCCUGAAAUCAUCAGCCAUAAACUCAGCAUUUCCCCCGCCUUCAAGCCUGUCAGGCAGAAGCGCCGUUCGUAUGAUGCCGAACGGUACGAAGCCAUGCGCACCGAAGUUGACAAACUUCAAACCAUCGGCUUCAUCAGGGAGGUUACGUACCCGGUAUGGCUGGCGAAUUCGGUCAUGGUCCGGAAGGGUACAGGCGGCUGGCGAAUGUGCCAAGACUACACAGAUCUGAACAAGGCCUGCCCGAAGGACAGCUUUCCGUUGCCCCGAAUCGAUCAGCUCGUGGACGCCACCGCCGGACACGAACUGCUCAGCUUCAUGGAUGCCUAUUCAGGGUACAACCAGAUUUUCAUGCACCCUCCCGACAGCGAGCACACCGCCUUCAUCACAGACAGAGGGUUGUACUGCUACAAUGUCAUGCCGUUCGGCUUGAAGAACGCUGGGGCAACGUAUCAGAGGCUUGUCAACAGAAUCUUCGCCGAACACAUCGGCAGCAUCAUGGAGGUUUACGUUGACGACAUGUUGGUGAAAAGCAGAACAGCCGAAGAAUACCUGCACAAUCUGUCUAUCAUGUUCGGUAUCCUGAAGGGCUACCGAAUGAGGUUAAACCCGAUGAAAUGCGCCUUCGGUGUGUCUUCCGGGAAAUUCCUCGGAUUCAUGAUUAGUCACAGGGGUAUCGAAGCGAACCCCGAAAAAAUAAAGGCCAUCAUCGACAUGGAGAGGCCAAAGACAACAAAGGACAUUCAAAGCCUUACCGGACGAGUGGCUGCCCUGACUCGCUUCAUAUCCAAGGCUACCGACAAAUGUGUACCGUUCUUUAAAGCCUUGAAAGGGGGCAAACGGAAUAUCAUAUGGACUGCCGAAUGUGAUAAAGCGUUUCAAGACUUAAAGGACUACAUGGGCAGAGCACCCCUCCUGUCGAAACCACUACCUGGAGAGACUCUCUAUCUAUACCUUUCGGUGUCUAGCACUGCCGUCAGUUCGGUAUUGAUCCGGAUACCGGAGAGGGCAGAGCUACCGAUCUUCUAUGUCAGUAAGGCACUCCAGAGCGCCGAACUUCGAUAUCCCCCAUUAGAGCAGCUUGCGCUAGCCCUGGUGGUCUCGGCACGAAGACUUCGGCCAUACUUCCAAGCACACGGGAUCAAAGUCCUGACUAACCAACCGCUUCGGCAAGUGCUCCAAAAACCUGAAACUUCUGGCCGGUUGAUCAAAUGGGCGAUUGAACUCGGAGAAUUCGAUAUACAGUUCGUGCCAAGACCAGCCGAAAAGGGUCAGGCCAUUGCCGAUUUCAUCUCCGAGCUCACCCCACCAACGGCACAGGAAAUAAGCGAGCUAGAUACCGAAACCGGUACACCGAUGGAAGUAGACGCCGAACGGCUCGACGUCUCAAAUCCCGUAUGGACUCUGCACGUCGACGGCUCGGCAAACCAACAAGGAUGCGGAGCCGGCUUGGUACUGACAACACCGGAGGGACUCAAGAUCGAGUACGCCCUCCGAUUCAACUUCCGAACCUCCAACAAUGAAGCAGAGUAUGAGGCCCUCUUGGCCGGCCUUCGGUUAGCUAAGAGCAUGAAUGCAAAACAGAUCAAGAUACACAGCGACUCCCAGCUCAUUGUGAACCAGGUAACGGCAGACUUCGCCGCCAGAGACGCUUCCAUGAACGCCUACCUUUCAUCUACCCACCAGCUGCUCCAGAGCUUCCGAGCCUACGAGAUCAAGCAGAUCCCCAGAAGCGAAAACAGUCAUGCCGAUGCAUUGGCACGGCUAGCUUCGGCAAUCAAUGACAAAGUCGGAAGAAAGGUGCCGGUGGAAAUUCUUGCCCAACCAAGCACGGUAGCCUCCGAAAUAUGUACCGUACGGUACGAGGAUACAUGGAUGUCCCCCAUCUACUCAUACCUGACCAACGGUACCAUUCCAGAAGACAAGGCCCAGGCCCGAAAGCUUAGGUACCGAUCGGCAAGGUACACUGUCAUCAACGAUGUUCUUUACAAACGUGGCUACACGACUCCGUAUCUCAAGUGCCUUACGGCAGAACAGGGGAGCUACGUUCUCCAGGAAAUCCACAAUGGUGUUUGCGGCGACCACUCUGGGUCCCGGUCACUCGCACACAAAGCCUUUCGGCAGGGAUACUUCUGGCCGACCAUGCACCAGGACGCCUGUUCACUUGUGAAGAAAUGCGAUAAAUGUCAGCGGUUCGGCAACAUACAGCAUAUCCCCGCCGAACCCUUGACACCGAUCGUGAGCCCUUGGCCUUUCGCACAAUGGGGACUAGACCUGAUUGGUCCGAUGCCACAAGAUAAAGGCCAGGUGAAAUACGCUGUGGUUGCCGUUGACUACUUCACCAAAUGGGUGGAAGCCGAACCUCUUGCAACCAUAACGGCAGCAAGAGUAGAAGACUUCGUCUGGACUCACAUUUGUUGCCGUUUCGGUAUCCCGUAUGCAAUCAUCACCGACAACGGCAGACAGUUCGAUUCGGAACUCUUCAGGCACUUUUACACCCGCCUGAAGAUCAACUUGUUUUUCGCAUCACCGGCCCAUCCCCAGUCAAACGGUCAGGUAGAGGCGAUAAACAAAAUCAUCAAGAAACUUCUAAAACGGCAGCUGGACAAAGCCAAAGGAGCCUGGCCAGAAAAGCUUCCCGAAGCGCUCUGGGCCAUUCGAACCUCUUACCGAACGUCCACGGGAGAGACCCCUUUCUCCUUGGCUUUCGGUUCGGAAGCCGUUGUGCCGGUAGAAAUUGGGAAACCUUCCUACCGAACGGAAACUUUCGCUCUGAAGCCAAACGAAGAAGCACUCUCUCUGAGCCUCGACCUUCUGGAGGAGCACCGAGCGCAUGCCAACCUUCGGAAUGAAGCCUACAAGCAACGUGUCUCUCGGUAUUACGACUCUAGAGUCAGGCACCGUUCGUUCCGAGUCGGAGAUUGGGUCAUGAGGAAGGUGUCCCUAGCAACUAAGGAUGCCGCGGAAGGAACCCUCGGACCUUCCUGGGAAGGACCUUACGAGAUCAUCGGUAUCCUUCGAUCGGGAACCUACCGCCUAAGAGACUCCAACGGCAAGACCCUCGGUCAUCCUUGGAACGUGGAACAUCUCAAGUACUAUUUCAAGUAA